AUGACCAACCAUGCUGCUGCAGCUGCUGCUGGCGCGGCCACUUCUGCUGUUCCGUGGAGAAGCGGCGGCGCCAGCCGGUCAGGGGGAGCAGGAAGCGCAAGGCACAUGCCGAGGCGUGGGCAGAUCAAAGCCAGGAUAGCGUCGGCUGCUCUGCAUGCCGUCGCAUCGGCGCUACUGAAAGCCAUCCACAGCAGCCACAUCCUGGUCAGGAAGGUCUACAGGCGGCUGCAGGGAAGCAAUGCACAAGUUUCCGGCAUGAGCUAG